AUGACGGGCAAGGAUCUGAUCAAGGAGAUCAAGGUGGAUCACGACAACAUUCGUGACCUUCUGAAACGCUUCAACGACGCGCACAAAGCCGGCGACCAGGACCUCUGCGAAGCGCUCGUCAACACAAUCAUCCAUGAGGCCGCCGUCCACUCUGAUGCGGAAGAACUCUCGGUCUACAAGCUAAUGGAGAAGUUGCACAUGACCCAAGUAGCCGAAAAGGACCGCCAAGAUCAUCAGAACGUCAAGCAGGCCAUGGCUGAGCUUGACACGAACCAGAUCUCUGAUGCUGGUCUUGAUACUUUUGCCCAUAAAGUGGACAAGGCCUGCAAGCUGUUCCUUGAACAUGCCGAAGAAGAGGAAAACGACCAGUUGCCGCAACUGUGCAAGCUGCUUUCGGCUGACGAUCAGUCGAAAGCGGUCGACGAUUUCCUGCACGCUCGCAAGAUGGCUCCCACACGGCCCCACCCUUCGGCGCCUCAAUCGGGCGGCAUGUCGCAAAAGAUGGUAGGCGCCAUGGGAAAGCCCAUGGACAUGGUUGUUGAUAUGGGCCGAAAGUUUGUCGAUCUCAAGCAUCAUCACAGCAAUGUUACGGCAAGUGCCUCUUGA